CUGUCAUCUCCCUGCGAAGGAGAGAUUUGCCCUCGACAAACACAUUUUUCGCUGACGAAGAUUUAUUUAUGCGGAAAGUGGUUUAGAAAUGAUUUCUUCAACUUUUCUUCUGAUCACUGCGAGUCUUCUACCUUCUUUUACAGAUGCUUUUUCCUGUCCUGGAUUGAAUGGAACUAAAGCCCAAUUGAAAAAUGCACACAUUUACCCAGACAUUUGCCUAAACAAAACUGUUCCGUUUAGGACAGCCUGUUACUGGGUUUGCAACAAAGGUUAUGGCUUUCGAGAUGAUUCUCACACUGAGACAGAAUGUAACCUGCAGCGUUAUGAUAAUGACCCUGAUUGGAGAAACUACUAUUUUUAUGACAACGAAUGCAAAUCAACUACCAAGUGCCCUGCGCUGGAUGGCAAUCUCUAUAUUUACCCUUACGCAUCCUGUUCAGCUCAAGCAUCAAAUGUUGGCAGUGUAUGUAAAGCUAUACUUUGCAACUCUGAGCAAGGCCCAAAAGAAAAAUUAUGCCAAAGCAAUGGUACAUGGACACCACUUGGAGGACGAUUUUGUCCACCUGGUCCGCUUCCAAUAACAAUCCACUGCCAGGAUUAUCGCAUUGUAAAAACUGACCCUGGAAAAGCUACAGCUGAUGUUACUACAGGAUUUUCGUUCCCAACUUCUGGAAUUGCUGAUUCGGAAAUAAUUUUCGAUAAUGGAAAAGACCUGCGUGCUUUACCCGAAGGGUAUCAGUCAAUAAAGUACACAAUUAACACAAAAGGUGUUCAGUCGGCAAAAUAUUGUUGGGUUAGCUUCAGGGUUCUAGAUAAAGAGCCACCAAGAGUGUUACGUUGCCCAAAGCAUCUUCUCUAUACUGCGUUUGGUGGCGUUGAAGCCAGAAUUGUGCUAGACAGUGCAAACGAAGUGCGGUUUUAUGAUAAUGUUGACGGCUUGAAAACUCAUUAUCAACCUGUAUCAAGAACAGAGGUUUCAGUGAACGAUUUAAAACCCCCUGGUGUCUAUACUAUGAUAUUCUCUGCGUAUGAUUCCAGCAACAACCAUGCAGAUUGCACUAUCACUGUCAUUGUAAAAGCUGCGAAGCCUUGCCAGAUGAAAGUGCCUCCACCAAAUGCAUUUCCAGUAUUUAGCCCAAAGAAAGGCGCUUACUUUUCGAGAUGCCAAAAUGGAACACGCCACCUUUGUGAGGGCUCCUACGCAGCUUGGAUGCACUUUGACUUCUAUCGCUGUGAACAUGAUAGCUUCCCUUUCCUCGGUGUUGGUUGUUCUGGAGGAGUUAUGAAUAAACCGCUUAUAGGUUGUGUGAAUAAUUCUGCUCUAGCGGCUUUAGAAAAUGGAACCUGCCCGAAUGGUACUGUAUUGGGAAAUCGUGGGAAACUUUGCUUUCCAUGUGAACGCAGCAUGUUUUUCAAUCAAACGGCAAAAAUGUGCCAUGUUUGUCCUCCAAACACGACCAAUCAUGAAUAUAGCAGCCCUACCUGUUAUCCAUGCCCAAAACAUCAAAUGACGAGAUUGCCAGAAGCACCAAGAUUCUGUGAAGAUAUUUGCAGUCCAGGCACGUGGCUUGAUUCAACAAACACAACUUGCACUAAUUGCACUUAUGGCUACUAUGCCAUGUCUGGGGCUAGAGAAUGUACAAAAUGUCCUGAAGGUCUUACAACCCUGGAUGAGUUAUCAACAAAAUUGGAAGACUGUGUGUAUGGAAGAUACUUUAUUGGCGAUUCCGGAUCAGAACAAAUCAAGCCAGCAAAUGCAUCAUUGUACCGUCUUAAGAUCAAACCGAAUGCCUUCAAAGAUCCUCGAAAAUAUAGACCUAUAGCUCUACGAUUUCAGUCGACAUAUUUGAAACAAAUUUCGAAUUGCUCAAAUGAUUUUGUGCGAGUUACAGCUGUGUUGAAUGAAGUCAGAUUCGAUCUAACCCCACGUUUAUGUGGAGCGAAAAUCAGCGAACCAAUCUUUGUUGACACAACAGAAAUUGGCCUAAUAGUGGAAUUUUCUGUUUCGAAUGCCUCUAAUGCCCUCUUGAACGUUACAUUUGGCAGAGCGGAUUGCCAGAUUGGAGAAGUCUUCGAUUUCAGUGCAGCCAAGUGUAUGAAAUGCCCUUUGAACACUUAUCAGACCACAAUUAACUCUACAUCUUGCAUUCAAUGUGGAAAUGGAACUGUAGCAAGAGAGAGUGGGGCAACCGGAUGUGUUUCUUUGUGUCCGAAAGGAACAUUUAUAAAUGGGACAUCGUGCCAAGGAUGCCCAUUAGGGUACUACCAGGAAGAAGCUGAAAAGACAUCAUGUAUUAAAUGUCCAAACAAUACAAUCACUAGAAGAGGGCACUCUACCUCCAUAAGCGAUUGCACAGAACCUUGUACUGCUGGCCAGUUCAAGUCCAAAGAUGGCUGCAAGCCCUGUAAAAAUGGAAUGUAUCAGGAUAUUGAUGUGCAUGCCUACGAGUUCUGCAAGUUUUGUCGUAAAGGAACCACCACGAUAGAAUAUGGUUCAAAGUCAAAUGAUUCAUGUGUUGUUGCAUGUUUCUACGAAGGAGAGUACUAUGAUCCAAAAGAUGGUCAAUGCAAAAAAUGUCCAGUUGGAACUUACAAAUUAGCAAGUGACAAACAGGUGCUCCAGUGUACAGGAUGUCCCACAAAUCACACGACAAAUAGGAUUGGCGCUGCUAGCGUGACAGAAUGCAUCGAUUCUUACGACAACUGCUCACCAAACCCCUGUAAAUUUCCAGGAUGGUGCGAAGAUACAGGGACGGGUUUUAAAUGUCAUUGUCCUCACAAUUACGUCGGACAGUACUGUGAAAAUCGUACGCAUGUAUGUGAGUCGCAGCCUUGCCUCAAUAAUGGCACAUGCCAUAAUCUGUAUCUGGGAGACUAUAACUACAGAUGCCAAUGCCCACCUGCAUUUACAGGAAAAAACUGCGAAAGUGAAUAUCACCCAUGUCUUGAAAAUAAAUACCUUUGCAACAGAGGAAACUGCACCGACAGUGGUGGUAAAUUUACUUGCCAUUGUCCACCAUGGUACGAAGGAACCAAUUGCGAAACUUCAAUCAGAAAGCCGUGUGUGGACCGUCGUUGCGGCCUGCAUGGAGAUUGUACCGAUGGACCCCACCAAGGAUCAAUUCCUCCGUACACCUGCUCGUGUUGGAUCGACUACACUGGGAAAAACUGUGAAACAGUUAUCGAUGACUGUGUCAAAAACGACUGCAACAAAACAGGGACGGAGGCUUGUGAGGAUAGAGAAAAAGGAUUUUAUUGUAGCUGCAAAAUUGGAUAUAUAGGUGAUAAAUGUGGAGAGGCCCUUGGCUGCCCUCCAGGAGAAGGUUUUGACGGAAAGUGCUUCAAAUGUGGCAUUGGAAAGUUCCAACCUUUUAGAGGCCAUUUCGAUUGCCAGAACUGUCCCGACAAGAAAACAACGCUUGAAGAAGCAGCAACCAGUAGAGAUCAGUGUAUCGAAAAAGAAUCAUUCGUUAAACUCAAAGCCACCGUGCGCAUAACGAGCGAAAAUUGGUCGGAUGACUUACUCAAUAAAAACUCCUAUAGCUACGUUCAGCUACGUAAGAAGCUGGAAGAUGCGUUCAAGAAAACAUAUGCUAACGAGUCCAAGUACGUAGCUGUUGUGAUUGAAAGCAUCAGGAAAGGAAGCAUCGUCUGUGAAUUUUCUCUCUACUUCAAAUCUGGUGUAGAGAGCCCUGCCAAACCACUAAAAGCAAAAGUAGAAACGGGGUCUCUUGGUGAAUUCACAGUAGACAAAGAUUCAUACAAAGAAGUUAUAGUUGAAGAGAGUCAUAAGAAGAAAAAGAACAAUUACACAUUAAUGGCCGUUCUCCUCGUGGUUGGAGUCCUUGUGGCAAUUGGUGUGGUCACCCUGUGCCUGUUGCACGCUCGACAAAAAAAACGUGCUCGUGUACGUUUCGAUAAAAUGCUUAUGGAUGAAACAGCGACCAUAGAAUACCCCAUGACAGAUAAGUAGAAAUUUUACAAACUAUUUUACCUAAGCAAAGAUUUUCUGCUAAUCAUUUUGUAGCCAUUCUUGUAUGAGACCUAUCCUUUGGCUGUUAUGUUCCGGCCUGCUGUUUGGAAGGAUCCGUGACUUUUCUCUUUGAUAGAGGCUUUCAAUGAUCUCAAAAAUCGUGUAUUAGCGUUGAAAGAGAGUUGAAUUCUUUAAUUCCUAAGUUCUUUCAUUCUUUUUAAGACAUUUACAUGUAUACUGUCCAAAAUAUGUCUUGAAAUGGCAAUAUCUACAUCUAUUUAUGACAAGAGAUGCGAGGUAAAUUUAUUUUUGUUUAGUUUAUCAUUUUUUCACAUCUUGUUUUCUGUUUAUAUUUUUAUUUAUAUGCUGGCAGAACAUAUGUUCUAAAGUUACUGCUGGGAAAGUUGUCUUAAUUUCAUGUAAUUCUUUAUUUUGUUUAAUUUCGCUUUCCCAUGCACAAGAACGUGUGACAGAUUUCGUAUAAACCUUCUUCAAGAGAUUGUGAAAUUCUUCUUUCUAAGAUUCUACUUCUGGAAAUAGUAUCUAAGCAUUGACUUGAGAAUCCGACGUUUUUUCCCAGAAUUGAUUUUAUCACGACUCAUUUCUUUUUCCCAUUCAUCACUUCCAGCCCUUAAUGUUUCACUGGGCUAAGUGACUACACCUGCCCAGUGCUCCGAAUCGUCUAAAGUAAUGGAGACAUAUGCAUAAUUUGUUAUGAUGACUAACGCCCUACUUCUCAUAGAUCAUGUUUCAUUUCGUUUUGGAAUAUUGUUCCCGAAUAAUUGAAAGGGAGAUCCCCCUCAUACUGGCAAACUUGGGUACCGUAAGUUCUCGAGUAAGCCCCCACCUUCGAAUUAUUCCUCUCUCGAAAAAGCCCCCUCCCUAAAGUACUUUUUGCAAAGUAAGCCCCAACCCUCGAAUAAGCCCCCAUUAGCUGAAGUAUUGCCUCGACAGCCAUAGGUAUAUCCCAAUAUAUCUGUAUUUCAUGCAUUUUUAAGCAUAUCUGAUCAGCCUCAAAUAGAGGAAGAAAGUUUUCCCUUGUAAUAUUUUUGCUGCUUUUUUGAGCCUCCACACCAAUUUCUUUUUUGAAAAAUAAGCCCCCGGGGCUUAUUCGAGGACUUGCGGUAUCUAGUAAUAGCUUUUUUACAAACUUUGAAUAAUUUUCUCAAUUAAAAAUAGUAUUUUUAAGCCAAGCUCUCAGUGAGAUGUAUAGAUGAUUUCACGACCUUUACUCUGAUUUGUCCGUUCGACAUAUUUCAAGCACAUAUAGAUUAUUUUACACGUAGAUUUAAUAUCAAUUUAGAAUGGAUAUCUACUGAUUAUAGAUAAAUACAAAUACGAAGUUGAUAAAAAUAAUAACAAUCAGAGAUCGAUAGAUUGAUUUUUUAAUUUUAUAAGUAUUGAUUAUUCCGUUACUAAUUUUAAACUUUUAUAUUUCAAUCAAAUAUAAUCCAGGCAAGCCUAAAGAAUCGAGUACCAGGGGUAUAGUUCCCGCUUGUUUAGUUUAUCGACGUAAGAAGGUGAGACGCCAACCUUUGUUGGAUCUCACUUAACUAUGUCAGAAUUGGUAAGAAACAUAUAUUUUCACAUAACAUACACAUUGAGUAUGCUAUAUCAGAAAUUUUAAUCGAAUGUAGAAUUUUCGAAAUAAGAUUGUAUAUUAUACAGUUUUUUCGUUCGCCCAAAGCUUGUUUUGAGACCAUUUUUUAGACUUUUUUUACAACCCUAACUUCCUCGCUAAAUUCAUGGCCUACCACUGCCUCUUUUCAAUACUAGCCUCUUUUAUAUAUGUAAACAUGUAGUACUUCCUUUUUCCAUGACGUCAUUUCUCGUAUGCAGUGAUAGGUGACAGACCAAGCUCAUUCAAAACAACCUGUUACGAGCUUUUGAUUCUCAUCCAAAUACAAAUAUUUUAUCAUCGAAAAAACUGACAUUAUAAAAUAUCUAUUCCCCUUUGUUUAGAUUUAAAGCUCAACAUCUAUUGUCACAAACAAAUUUAAAUCGUCUUGACAUUUUUGGCAAAAAGUUGGUGAAUUUUUAGCCUUUUGAAAAAUAUAAUUCAAUUCAUUAAACUCGUAAGGUCUGUCGCAGCCAAUGGAGAGCAAGCAUACCUUAAUGGCACGUGCUGUCAAGGCACCUUUUAAUGACGGUGGACAGUUAGCUGUUGUUGCAAGAGAGAUGUCUCUGCAGGGGACACGUAAUUGUCUAGGGGGGAGGAGGGACCACCUGUACCCAAGAUUACACGUCUUUUUUUAAGAAACUAAGGUCUGGUGCUGGUAGGCAGUUUCAUAAAUUUUCUGGCCAUUUCACUAUCUAAAGUUUCUUACAUGUUUCUUAAAUUUCUUAGUUUAUGAAUUUUUUAAGCGUGCUUCCAAGGUAAAGUAAAUAGUUUACCCACAUUCAGAGGUAAACUAACAAAGUGAUCAAGGAGUUUUGUUUUCCUAGAAUGAUUAUCUCUGUUGAGAUCUGUAAACAGUAAAGUUCAUUGAACUUCAUGUAAAGUUGAAGUCAAAACAAAUUUUUAAAUGGAAACUUCUUGAGUGCGCAAUUUACUGAGAAUGCAAACUGCAUGGUAAGUGUAGUGUUGCAAUAUACAGUGAUGUUCAAUGUCAAGACUGUUUCGAGUGUCAACUCGGAAAAUUAAAACUGCAAAUUGUUAAAGUUUCUUAGCUUUUUCAAUUUGGAUAGGGUUGUUUCUUAAUUUUCGAAAAACUGAGCCUACACUUUCUUAUGACCUGUUUCUUAUAAAAAAACGGGUGUAUAUGUCUUAAAAGAACUGAACAAAGUAAUCAUGACAACAGCUGUCAAAAUAAGAUUUUUAUUUAUCUGCUUCAUUAUUUUAUUGGUAAUCCGCGGUAUAAUGAGUGCGUUUGGCAAUGAAGAUACUUUUAGUCCCCUUUGAGCCCAUGUGACCCCCCGUGUCCAAUGUUUAUUGUGUGACGUAUAAAAGUUGUAGUAUUUAUCAUAAAAACUGUGAUGUAAAAUUGCAAAAAGAUUAUAUAGUGUGGUUAAAGAUAUUAUACAUUUAGAGUCAGGCAAGUUGUCGUAAUUAUUGUCCGGCGAAAAACCAAUUUCUUUGCUUUUCUUAUAUAAAUUGCAUUGUAAACAAAAUUAUGUCUAGAAACAUUUUAAAUGUACGAAAAAUCUAUCUUCAUAUAAGUAACUUGAUAACUUUAUCACAGAUAACUUGCCAUAUUCCUAUAACAAUUACCAUAGUCCACUAAUACCCGUUUCGUGUUAUCGUGUUGAGAUUCAUUUAGAACUUAUUGUAUUUAUAAUCUCAGAUCAUUACAGUUAUUUUAAUUAACAUUUAUUUCUGUUUUUGCCUCGAUAUAUUGUAACUAAAUAUUUUACUCUUGCUUAUAAUCGCAAUUAUAAAAGUUUUUCGUUC